CCCCGCCCUGGCUUCUCCGGGUUCAUGCCUGUCUCCACCGCCUUUGCCGCGUCCCUGGUUCGCUCCGGGACGGAAAAACCCGACCGCGCGUCCCCAGAGCUGCAGUUCUUUGGAGAGAGCGCCCCGGAGCUCCGAGGGGCGGGACGCAGGACGCGCCAGGCGGACCUUAGCGAAGGCGGGGAUGCCCGCACCGGGUCUGUCUGCAGGCGGAGGGCCCGGGGCUGGCCUGGAUACCCUUGGAAGAAACCCAGCGGCCAGACCGGCGCGCAGGGAGGGCCCGGGAGGGCUGAGCUCAGGCGAGCGGGGCGACUUCUUGCAAAGCUGCAGGAGCGGUUGGAGCCGGCGCUCAGAGGUGCAGCCCCAACUGGCUUUGUGCAAAACCUGCCUACAUCAUCUGCUCUUUUAUGGGGAGCUGAGAGACCAGACACCCUCGGGCUUCACAGAACCACCUUCCCCAGCUCAUGGAAAGGACGCAAGGGCGACGGGUUCGCGGUUUUCUUUGGCGUGAACGGGGGUGGAGCGCGUUAGGCGCACUUUGCAAGCCUGCUCCAAGGGGCAGGUGUCACCCGUUCAUGUGUGUGACUCUUUCCGGGGUACGCACCAUAUGGACCGUUGUUUUAAAGUCCACGUCCCUGGAAAGGGGACAGAAAUAGUCGAUGACAAGGCGUGGCCAGGGCAUGAAAAAGAAAUGAAUCACCGUCUUUCUUAACGAGGUAGCUGGGGCGAGACCUCGCGUGUCUGGACGUUCCGUCCAUCGAUAACCUGGCGUUCUCUCACCCGGCUAGCCCUGUUUUUACCUUCCGAUCGAUUGUAUAGAUGGUCCUUCCUGAUAAAGAAUGACGCUUCGCUGUCAUAACCUUUCUGCAUGGUUUUUAAGCUUUAAGACAAAAGUAAGGAUAGCCAACAGACCGACAAACAGAAAGAUGAAUUUCCUUUUAGCCAGUACCUAUGUAAGAAAGGGGAAAGAAAGCUCCGAGGAAUUAUUACCAAACAAACCAACAAAAUCCGCCUCUUGGAAAACGACUUUUUAAUUUCUUUUUAAUUUUCUUUUUUGAGACUAGGUACAGUUUAUAAGGGCUCCUUUUUGACGUGGUGGGCAAAAACAAAGCUUUUUAUGAUUUGUUUUAUUAUUAUACAAGCAUAGAUCUUUCUAUUUCUGGAUCUGUCCUUUAUAUGAAAUCUUGUAAACGUUCAUGAAAAUGGUAUCUUACCAAAAAAGUAUGCAUGAAUUAAAAAAAAAAAAGCGUUUGUGCCUGCACACACCCAUUCUUCAAUCCCUUUUCAGACACUUCUUGUAGUUCCUGUACGUGUGGCUGUACGUGUUUCAGACCCACCUUUGGAUGACCCGGGACAGUGGCAUGUCCAAAUCGUAGAUUUAUUUGCACAAUCAAAGCCGUGUGGCAGGGAUGAUGAAGGCGCAUGGGAAAACGUGUGGAAGGAUCACGCCCCGGGACAGGAUGCCGACGCGGGCGCACUGGGCGGCACUGUCCGUGGUCCUGAUUCUUGUCUGGGCACACCCGCCAGCCGCGCUGGCCUGCCCUCACCCGUGCGCCUGCUACGUUCCCAGCGAGGUCCACUGCACCUUCAGAUCCUUGGCGUCCGUGCCCGCCGGAAUUUCCAAAGACGUGGAAAGGAUCAACCUGGGGUUUAAUAGCAUCCAGGCCCUGUCGGAAACCUCGUUUGCGGGACUGAGUAAGCUGCAGCUCCUGAUGAUUCAUGGCAACGAGAUCCCAAACAUUCCCGACAGAGCUCUGAGAGACCUCAGCUCUCUGCAGGUUUUCAAGUUCAGCUAUAAUAAGGUGAGAGUGAUCACAGGGGAGACCCUCCAAGGGCUGUCGAAUCUGCUGCGUCUGCACAUGGACCACAACAAGAUCGAGUUCAUCCACCCGCACGCGUUCAGCGGCCUCACGUCCUUGCGGCUCCUGCACUUAGAAGGCAACCUGCUGCACCAGCUCCACCCCAGCACCUUCUCCACCGUCACGCUGCUGGACCACUUCCGGCUGUCCACCGUCAGGCACCUCUACUUGGCGGACAACCGCAUCACCGCACUGCCCCCGGCCAUGCUUCAGAACAUGCCGCUGCUGGAAAACCUGUACCUGCACGGGAACCCGUGGACCUGCGACUGUGAAAUGAGGUGGUUCCUGGACUGGGAUGCAAGGUCCAAAGGGAUUCUGAAGUGUAAGAAGGACAAAGCCUACGAAGGUGGUCAACUGUGUGCCAUGUGCUCCAGCCCCAAGAAUUUAUACAAGCAGGAGAUUCACAAGCUGAACGACAUUGCUUGUCUGAAGCCUUCUAUCGAGUCUCCUCUGAGAUCCAACCAGACCGAGCGUCUAGAGGAAGAGCAGGAACAAGAAGAGGAUAAUGACAACCAGCUUGCCCUGGAGGGCUUGCGACUCCCCCCGUGGAACGUUACGUUGAACAUGACCGAUGAGCACGGGAACACGGUGGACUUGGCCUGUUACAUCAAGAAGCCAACAGAUGUGUCCAAAAUUCACCUGAACCAAACGGAUCCUCCAGAGAUUGACAUAAACGCUACCAUAGUCUUGGACUUUGAGUGUCCGAUGACUCGGGAAAACUAUGAAAAACUGUGGAAGUUGAUAGCGUAUUACAGUGAGGUCCCUGUGACCUUGCACCGGGAACUCAUGCUUACCAAAGACCCCAGAGUCAGCUACCAGUACCGGCAAGAUGCUGACGAUGAAAGCCUUUACUACACGGGGGUCAAAGCUCAGAUUCUUGCAGAACCGGAAUGGGUCAUGCAACCGUCCAUAGACAUCCAGCUCAAUCGACGGCAGAGUACAGCCAAGAUGGUGCUACUGUCUUAUCAGGCCCCAUAUUCUCAAACAGUGUCUGGCAAAGAUAUGAGGCAGGCUCGAAGCAGGAGCUGGGUAAUGAUCGAGCCAAACAGAGCCAUUCAAAGAGCUCAGACUGUCCUGGAAGGGGGUCCGUGUCAACUGAGCUGCAACGUGAAAGCGUCCGAGAGUCCGUCCAUCUUCUGGGUGCUUCCGAAUGGCUCUAUCCUGAAAGCACCAAUGGAUGACCAGGAUGGCAAAUUCUCUAUCCUCAGCAGUGGCUGGCUGAGGAUCAAAUCCAUGGAGCAGUCUGACUCGGGUUUGUACCAGUGUAUCGCUCAGGUGAGGGAUGAAAUGGAUCGGAUGACCUAUAGGGUGGUUGUGCAGGCACCUGUGACUCAGCCUCCUGAAAGGUAUACCAUGACAAUGAACAAGAACCCAGGGGAGCCGGUGAUGUUGCCUUGCAGUGCGUUGGCAGUACCUGAAGCCCACCUGAGCUGGGUUCUUCCAAACAAAAGAAUAAUUAAUGAUGUGGCUAACACAUCACACGUGUAUAUGCUGGGGAAUGGAACUCUAUUCAUCCCGAAAGUUCAAGCUGGCGAUGGUGGUUACUACAGAUGUGUGGCUGUCAACCAGCAAGGGGUAGACCAUUUGACAGUGGGGGUCAUGGUGACUAAGAAAGGAUCUGGCCGGUCACCCAAAAGAGGCAGACACCCAGGUGCAAAAGGUCUUGCAAGACUGAGAGGGGACAUUGUUGAGGAUGAAGGGGGCUCGGGCAUAGGAGAAGAAGGUAACAAGGCAAGGAAAGUUCUGCAUUCAAAAGACCAAGAGAUGUUCAUCAAAACGGAAGAGGAUGCCACCCCCAAAGACAAGAAAACCAAAAAGGGAAGAAGGAAGCUGAAACCUUGGAAGCAUUCUGAAAAAGAACCAGAGCCCAACAUCGCCGAAGGUCGCAGAGUGUUCGAGUCCAGACGCAGGAUAAACAUGGCCAACAAGCAGAUCAAUCCUGAGCGUUGGGCGGAUAUUUUAGCCAGAGUACGUGGCCGAAAUCUCCCCAAGGGCACAGAAGUACCUCAGGUCCCUAAAACCACUACUGCUCCAUCCACAAGGAGUCUCGAAAUCACACCUCUGUUACCAGCUGCUUCUCCCCCAUCUAUAUCUCCCAUGCAGAUAUCAACCCUUACAGAAGAAUCCUCAGCAGAUAGGUCUCUAUUUGGUGAGGAAACACAGCUGUCUAGCAUCAUUUCCUCCACGGGGAGGAGACAAGAACACAACCACGAUGAAGAGACGGUUGCUGAUCCCAGACCAGCCCACACAGACCUGGAAGAUGUUCUUGACAAUGAGUCUUUUGAGAACCCUGAGGAGAUAACUCCCACUGCAGUGGACACAAAGUGGAUCCCACCCACAAUACUGGUAUCUGAACCUUAUGAGUUAUCUCCUACUCUCCAAACCCAGGACACACUUGAAGAGCACACCAGCGAACAGACAGCCACAGGGGACUGGUCUACAGCAGGUGUCGAGUCCACGGCAGAGUCUGCCUCUGGUGAGGAGGAGCUCCCAUUGGAUAUCCUCUCCUUGGCCGAGUCAGAGACGUUGCCAUCCUUUGACACGGGUUUACAGACCAGUUCCCAACCAGGUGAGGAGAGCAUGAACGAGUGGACCUCUUCCUAUUGGGCUCCGACUCCCACCGUGAGGAUCACUGACUUGGGUACAUCUGAGCCACUUCAAGAUCCCACUGGAGAGGAACCAGAUGUCCCAGCCCAACUGCCGCGACGAGGUCCAACAGAUGACACCCAGCUUGUGAAUGGGGAUUUAAGCACUCGAGGCACCCCAUUGAUUCAAAAAGGCAUGGAGGAGAAGUUUCAGAUGCCAUGGGAAGGAGACAGGCUGGGCAGAGACCCCAAAGACUCCACCAGUUCUGUAAGGGAAAGAUUAGACAUGGCACCCAUCACUGGGGGAGAGAUAAGCAGUCCCUCUCCAUUUCAGCAUCCUGGGAAAACCAGUCUUGCUACACCAUUGGACAAGGGUAUGCCCACAGUAGUCAUGAGUACUCCAAGCCCAAAGGUUGUUUCGCCAUCGGCAUUGGCCACUCAGCCUUCUCAAAGGAGACCCAAUGGCAAGAGGAGACUACGCCCCCACAGAUUCCGACACCGACCUAAGCACACCUCACCGACGACGUUGGCCCCGAUGGAAACGUUGCCUCCUCAACCAACUCCAGUCCCUGAGAUGAAGGUUCCAGACCAAGUGGAGAGUUCUCUGGUUCCAACACCUUGGGCGGAUAACACACUUCAUACCCCCAAGCGGUUGGACAUGGAGAAGCAUGCAGAACCCGUGUCCAAGGGCACCCCACGAAGAAAACACAGGAAAAGGCCGAACAAGCAUCGGUAUGCCACUCCCACAGUGAGCUCAAGAGUACCUGCAUCCGAACCUAGCAAUUCUCCAGAAAAUAAACAUGAAAAUGUUAUUAUUCCUGGUUCUGAAAUGAAACUACUGCCUACCACCAUUUCUCUGAAAACUGGGGACUCCUAUGAGGCAACUAGAGCAGAAGAUUAUAUGACAACUACCCCCCAAACUCAUUUAUCUCACAACAAAGUCCACCAGACAGUCCCAGUCACACACACACCUGUGCCAAGUGGAAAGGAAAUUAAGGAUGAUGGGGUCACAAAUGUCGAUGAAUAUACAAUGGACACGUUAGUUCCCAGCAAAUCAUUUGUUAACGUGUCAACUCCUGGCUCCUCCAUCUCCACCACAGAAAAACAGAAGAAAGAAGACACUUCUGUAGACUUUGUAGGAACUCCCAGCUGGGAUCCCUUGUGGACCGUCCAUCCCGGGAGGCAGCAGACAGACACGCCUGCUACCAACUCUUGGGAAGAUCUUACAGAGUCGCCCCAUUUUGAAGAGUCAGAGGGUAGAGAUUGGUCUUCCGAGAGCUCACUUUGGGUUGCUGUCUCUGCACCAUUUCAGCAGAAAGAAGCUGAUGUUUCAACUCCUGUCUGGAGCACAGACAUAGAGCUAUCUCUGAGCCAGGCGGAGACCACCAUCCGUGGUCAGCACCAUGAUGAAGUCACUCCAACUGCUGACUAUUUGGCAAGUGGACCACAGGACCUCAGCCCUACUUCUGCCACCGUGGAGGAGAUGGCCUCUCCGUUCUCUCCCACAAUGCUUGUGUCUUCAGAGCCAACCACUGCAGCUUCCAGCAGGUCUCCGAUGUCCACAAAUUGGAAGGAGAAUGGUGUCUUGCAUCAUGUGGUGAGUCCAGAAACCAGAACACUCUCCGGGAGCCAAGAGAGGGCUCUGAAUGAAUGGCGGCCAGGUGCAUUAGCCACCCCUCCCUACAGUUGGCACAAAUUCAACGUCCCGCCCAAGCAGGAGUCAGGGAAGGAAGGAGUGGAUGGCAAGACUCAGAGCGUUCUACCCCGCGGGCCAGAUAGUCACUCUCGGGAUGGGGGCAUUCACAUUUCUCGCCAACCGACCAGAGCCCCUGCCAAACCCGUCCCGCCGAGUGGAACAGCGAGGCCACCGCACAGGGACACACACAGCCCCUUUAGAGUCUUUGUAACCUUCCAGCCUCCUCGUCAUGUCACCAACAAGCCAGGAAUUACCGCCUACCCUUCAAGACAUUUCCCAGAGAGCAAACACUCUGGCCCUCCAAGGGGACAGAGUACAACCUCCGUCCCACUUCACGGGUCUAAAUCCGGCAUGCCUACUAGAUCCACCGACGAAAGAACCAACCGCUUCAAUGGCCACUCCAAAGUCUUUGCAAAUAAUUACCUCCCCGACCCAAGAAACCCAACGGGUAGGCUGCCUGGUUCCAGGAUUCCCCAUUACCCUCAUGGAAGACUCCCUUUCUUUGUCAACAAGACUCUCUCUUUCCCUCAGUUGGGGGUCACUUUGAAGCCUCCGACACCCACGUCUUCUGGCCCAGUGACAAGACAGACCAACGCUCACCGAGGUCCCUACCAUAGGGUCCCUUCCCAGGGCAUCACCCACGUAGAUUUUGGCCCUCCGGCUCCUCCGCUGUGGCGCGCCCCUCAGACCACAGAAUCACCCUCCACCCACUUACGGAACAUGCCCUCGGUCUCUUCCACGCGGAGUCCCGUCCCCUUCGUCACGUCCUCGGGGGGCUUCCGUCAAAAGCUGUUUGCCGGGGGACCCCCAGACUCUCAAUUCUGGACGCUUGGGGAGAAGCCACAGAUCGUCACCCAGUUCCCGCAGAGCGUGACGGUCACAGCGGAGACGGAUGCCGUGUUUCCCUGUGAGGCGACGGGGAAGCCCAAGCCUUUCGUCACCUGGACGAAGAUUUCCACAGGGGCUCUCAUGACUCCUAACACAAGGAUUCAACGGUUUGAAGUCCUCAAGAACGGCACAUUUGUCAUCCGGAAGGUGCAGGUGCAGGAUCGUGGCCAGUACAUGUGCACUGCCAAAAACUUGCACGGGGUGGACAGAAUGGUGGUCCUCCUGUCCGUUACAGUACAGCAGCCCCAAAUCCUAGCCUCUCAUUACCAGGAUGUCACGGUCUACCUGGGAGACACCAUUGCAAUGGAGUGUUUGGCCAAGGGGACGCCGGCCCCCCAAAUUUCCUGGAUCUUCCCAGAUGGCAGGGUGUGGCAGACUGUGUCACCUGUGGAGGGCCGGAUCACGCUGCAUGAAAACCGGAGUCUGUCCAUCAAGGAGGCGUCCUUCUCAGACAGAGGUGUCUACAAGUGUGUGGCCAGCCCCGCAGCGGGAGCCGACAGCCUGGCCAUCCGCCUCCACGUGGCUGCUCUGCCCCCUGUUAUUCACCAAGAGAAGCUGGAGAACAUCUCACUGCCCCCUGGGCUGACCAUUCAAAUUCACUGCACUGCCAAGGCUGCACCACCGCCCAGCGUGCGUUGGGUUCUCUGGGACGGGACCCAGAUCCGCCCUUCGCAGUUCAUCCAUGGGAACUUGUUUGUUUUCCCCAACGGGACACUGUACAUCCGCAACCUCAUGCCCAAGGACAGUGGGCGCUAUGAGUGCGUGGCCACCAACCUGGUGGGCAGCGCCCGCAGGACAGUGCAGCUGACCGUGCAGCGCACAGCCGCCAACGCUCGUAUCACUGGCACCUCCCCACGGAGGACGGAUGUCAGGUACGGAGGGACCCUGAGGCUGGACUGCAGUGCCUCAGGGGACCCCUGGCCACGUAUUCUCUGGAGGCUGCCAUCCAAGCGGAUGAUUGAUGCAUUUUUCAGUUUCGAUAGCAGAGUCAAGGUGUUCACCAACGGCACCCUGGUGGUGAAGUCCGUGACCAACAAAGACGCCGGGGACUACCUGUGCGUGGCCCGGAAUAAGGUGGGUGACGACUACAUCGUGCUGCAGGUGAACGUGGUGAUGAAGCCCGCCAAGAUCGAGCAGAAGGAGGAGAACGACCACCAGGUCUUCUACGGCGGUGAUCUCAAAGUGGACUGCGUGGCCACCGGGCUCCCCAACCCCGACAUCUCCUGGGGCCUUCCCGACGGGAGUCUGGUCAGCUCCUCCAUGCAGUCCGACGACAGUGGUGGGCGGGCCAAGCGCUACGUCGUCUUCAACAACGGGACGCUCUACUUCAACGAGGUGGGCCCGAGGGAAGAAGGCGAUUACACCUGUUUCGCCGAGAACCAGGUGGGGAAGGAUGAGAUGCGGGUGCGUGUGAAGGUGGUGACGGAGCCGGCCGCCAUCCGGAACAAGACGUACUCCAUGGUCCAGGUGCCCUACGGGGACGUGGUCAUGGUGGCCUGUGAAGCCAAAGGCGAGCCCAUGCCAAGUGUCACUUGGCUGUCCCCAACCAACCGACUGGUCCCCACGUCCUCCGAGAAGUAUCAGAUCUAUCGCGAUGGCACCCUGCUCAUCCAGAAAGCCCAGCGGUCGGACAGCGGCAACUACACCUGCCUGGUCAGGAACAGCGCGGGGGAGGACAGGAAGACCGUGUGGGUUCACGUCAACGUCCAGUCGCCCAAGAUCAACGGGAACCCCAACGCCAUCACCACGGUGCGGGAGGUUGCCGCCGGAGGGGGUCGCAAGCUCAUCGACUGCCAGGCCGAAGGCAUCCCCACCCCCAAGGUCUUGUGGGCGCUACCGGAGGGCGUCAUUCUGCCCGCCCCGUACUACGGGAACCGGAUCACCGUGCACCAGAACGGCACGCUGGACAUCAGGAGCCUGCGGAAGACCGACUCGGUGCAGCUGGUGUGCAUCGGCCGCAACGAGGGCGGGGAGGCCAGGCUCAUCGUGCAGCUCACCGUCCUGGAGCCCGUGGAGAAGCCCGUCUUCCACGACCCCGUGAGCGAGAAGAUCACGGCCAUGGCGGGCCACACCAUCAGUCUCAACUGCUCGGCCACGGGGACCCCGGCGCCCACGCUGCUGUGGGUCCUUCCCAAAGGCACGGAGCUGCAGAGGGUGAGCCGCAACCCCCACACGAACAGCCAGUACUCGAACCUGGUGAGCAUCGUCAACGGGGAGACGCUGCAGCUGCACUGCGCUCCUCCGGGCGGCCGGCGAGGGCGUCUCUCCUGGACGCUCCCCAGCGGCAUGGUUCUAGAGAGCCCUGAAGCCCGGGGCCGCGUCUCCCUCUUGGACAACGGCACCCUGGUCGUGCGUGACGCCUCGGUGUUUGACAGGGGCACCUACGUGUGCAGGGUGCACACCGAAUACGGCCCGGCCGUCGUGAGCAUCCCGGUCAUUGUCAUCGCCUACCCUCCGCGGAUCACCAGCGAGCCCACCCCGGUCAUCUACACCCGGCCCGGGAACACCGUGAAGAUCAACUGCGUGGCCAUGGGCAUCCCCAAGGCUGAGGUCACCUGGGAGCUGCCCGACAGGUCGCAGCUGACCGCGGGCACGCAGGCUCGCCUCUAUGGAAACCGAUUUCUGCACCCCCAGGGGUCCUUAACCAUCCAGCAUGCCUCGCACAGGGACGCCGGCUUCUAUAAAUGCACUGCCCAAAACAUCCUGGGCUCCGACUCUAAAACCACCUAUGUCCACGUCUUCUGAGGCACCGACCGCACACCGGGGAGCCAGAGGAGGUGCUGUGCGAGAAAGAGCCAGGAGGCAUUUGUAAGAAAACCGGGUCUGGGCAGCUCCGAGAGAGUUUGUCUUGGGGCACGGGGGCCCCUGUGGGUUUCAGAUGGAGGCUCCCUUGACCCGGGCUUGUUGGCAAGAGGAAGGCACGCAGACAAGGGGCGGACAACCCAGCGUCUCUGGGAGCUGGCUUCCAUGUUUCCCACAGGCCAGGGACCCACCUCGGCUCCAUCCGACUCACGGGGCCUUUGCGAAGACUGCUGCACUGCCCGUGUGAGCUCUCCUAGCAAGCCUCAGCCCACGGAGGGGAUGGCCACGCCGUGCCACCUCUCUGGAGUCACACGCCCUAGUGAACCUGCUGCUCUUGCGCCAUGACAGAACAUUCUAGAAGAAGGACUCCUCUCACUUGUUGAUAUGUCCCUUGUCACUGCAAAAUGCCACUUUGCCCACUCGGGGUUUAGAACCAGAGUGUGCAAUGAUUUUUUUUUUUUUAAUACUCUUGUUUCACACAUGGCAAUGACCAUUUUACAUGAAAAAGGAAACUAUUUUUCUCUGGUGCUCACUUUUUAUAUAGUGUUUUAUAUAUAUAUAUAUAUAUAUUUUCUUUCUUGCUCAUCAGACGAUGAGACGAGAGAGUGAUGGACUCUCUCGUCUCAUUUAAAACGGUAAAUUAUUGGUCUUUACAAGACUUGGAUACGUGACAGCAGGCAUGGAAGUGCAGGGUGAGAGUCACCCCGCCCAAUCCGCUUUCCAACUUAGGCACGGCAGACAGAGUUCCCUUCUCAGGAAGCCUACAGGGCGGAAAGGUGGGUUACCGGAUUUCUUGGAUACAAAGUUCAUCUUGAGGAAAGAUGAGAAGGAGAAAACGAAACUUCGACCCCCACAGAACACACUCUGGAACCUUCCAGAAAAUCCCAGACACGUCUCUGUAGUAUUCGAACCAUCCAUCUGGUGCCAACACCUGCUAUGAAUCCAUCGGGGCCCACAGACAGUAGGGUAGCUGGUAUUUCCAUGCCUGCAUAGCUGUCUUUUUAAGACCUAUCUUGUCUACAUUUGAUAAUAAAACGAUAUUUUCCAAAUAACCGGA